UUAUGGCACCAAAAAAACUUCAAAAUUGUGUAUUAGUUGAUCAUUUUGCAAUAGUUAUUCAAGUACUGUUGGGUGCAAUUUCUUGUUCAACACUUAUUUAUAAAAGACACAGAGAACAGCCACAAAGGCCUUUGCUAAUAUGGUUUUAUGAUGUUAGUAAACAAGUAUUAGGUGCAGGCAUUAUUCAUGGAUUAAACAUUCUUUUUUCUUAUAUAGCAGGUUCACACAACACAAAGGAUACAAUCCAUGUAUAUGAUUGUACUAUAGGAGUAUUUAUAUUAUUUGUAAUCCUUAAAAUAGUGCAUCAUUUAUUAGCUAUUUGUGGUGUAGAAGGAAUUAAUAGUGGAGAUUAUGGACAACCACCACAAUAUAUAUUCUGGGUUAAACAAGCAGUGGCAUUUAUAUUUUGUCUAAUGCUAAUGAAAAUAGUUGUAGUAAUAUUAUUUAGAUUAUGUCCAUUUUUAUUUGAUAUAGCAGAAUGGAUACUGGGUUGGACAUUGUAUGAUGUUAAAUUACAAGUGUUGAUGAUGAUGAUAAAAUUUUAUGAUCCUUUACAAAAUUUACUUAAUUAUGAUAAAUUGGAUGAUGAAUUAAGAGAAAGUGAACGUCAAGAAGAACAGGAUAAAAUUGAUAAUGCUGAACCUUUGACUGGAGAAGAAGAAGCCGAAAAAAAUUCACUAAUGAAAAAAGCAUUUGAAGAUUGGAGCAAACGUGAUUUCAAUAACUUUAUAACUGCUUCAGCUAAAUAUGGAAGAACUGCUAUUGAAGAAAUAGCCGAAGAGAUAGAAAAAUCAUUAGAUGAUGUUAAGAAAUACGCCAAAGUGUUUUGGGAACGAUAUAAAGAAUUACCUAACUAUGAAGAAUUGAUUGCAAAGAUUGAAAGAGGUGAACAAAAAAUACAACAAACUCAAGAGAUACAAGGACUGAUCAAAUCAAAAGUAGCGCAAUAUAAAUACCCUGGUUACGAUAUACAAUCAUCAAGUCAAAACAAAGGCAAGUCAUUAUUCACUGAUGAAGAAGAUCAAUAUUUGUUAAUAACACUAGCAAAACAUGAAUAUGGAACUGAAGAUGUUUAUGAGAAGAUACGAAAUGAAAUUGAGAAUGAUGAAUCUUUUCGAUUUAAUUGGUUUAUUAAAUCAAGAACUGCUAGUGAAUUAAAUAGACGCUGUACCGCACUUAUAAACAUGAUACAGAAAGAACAAAUUGAUGGUGAUGGCAGUAGUGGUAAUGAAGGGAGAAAUAAAAAUGAUUUAAAAAAACAAAUCAGGAAAACAUCAGUUUGUGGAUAUGAAAGUGGUCUUAAUCUAUCCUUAGAUAAAUUCUUUCCUACUUACACCGUUGGAAUAUAUUCUCCUGGAAAUGCAUUUGUUGCGUAG